AUGGCACGGCUUUCCUUUAUACUAUUAGUUGCACUUGUGUGUGUGCAUAUUUUUUUUUUUACAUGCACUGUUCAUAAUAAAAAUGAUAGCAAGUCAGAAAAUAUAUUAAGCUCAAAUGGAAUUUUAAAAAAUAUUGUAAAACAUUCACCAAAAAUAAGCGAAGAUGAAAUAAAUGAAAGUACAAUGAAAAUAGUUAAAAAGGCACAUGAAGAUGAAAAUAAAAUGUUAGAAAAAAUAGGAGCAUGUCAAAAAGAUUAUACAUUACCAUGUCCAAAAUAUUGGAAAGAAAAUAAAAAAAUUAUGAACAAUGAAGAAAUUAUUACAUGUACAGCUAAUAAUGAAUAUGAAGGAUUUUGUGAAAAAUAUCAAUCAUUUACUUAUUUUACUGAAGAAGAUAAAAUAAAUUUUGAAUUAAGUUGUAAUGUAGAAUGGGAAUGUAAAAAUUUAAAUAGUACUUGUCUAACUGGAAAAAGAGAUUAUAGUGAGCCAUGCCCUAUAGGGUUUAUUGUCCAAAACGAUAAUAGUUGCAAAGCUGAUAUAACAAUAUAUAAUGGUAUGUGUAAUAGUGAUAAUAUAAAUUUUAAUCACAUGAACAAUUCAGAAAAAAAUGAUUGGAGUAUUGCAUGUGGUGCUUAUUGGGAAUGUUAUAAAGAAUGUCAAUCCAAUGAAAUAUUUUCAAAUUGUCCAAAAAAUUGGAAAGAAAUAAAUAAAUAUGAUUGUAUACCAAAUGAAAAAUAUAAAGGACCAUGUAAAGGAAAACAUAAUUUUCAAUAUUAUACAAAAAUAAUGAAAAUUGAAUUUGAAGAAAUAUGUAAAACUAAAUUUGUGUGCAUAGAAAGUUGUCAAAAAAAUUAUGAACAAGAAGAUUGCCCAAUUGAUUGGGAAAAACAAAAUGGAUACUGCUUAGCACCAACAUCAUUUAAUUUUUGUAAUAAAAAAAAAUUAUCAAUUGAAAAUUUAACAGUAAAUGAUAAAAUAAAAUUUGAAAAAGAAUGUUUAGUUAAUUGGGCAUGUAAAAAAAAUGAAGAUGGAAAUUCUUUUUGUCAAAUUGAUUGGUCUUAUGAUUGUCCAUAUAAUUGGAUAAAACAAAAAAAUAAUAAUGAAAAAAAAUAUAUUUGUAAUUCUUCUAAUUAUAAUGGAAAAUGUAAAGAUAUUAUUUUAGAAGACAAUACAAAUGAAGUUACUAAAAGAAAAAUAGCUUCAAGUUGUCAUACCCCUUGGCCAUGCAUAGAUAAAAAACGUAUACCCUUUAUGGAUACCCCUAAUCAAUAUGAUACAAAACAAAAUAAUGAUAAAGACAAAAUAAAUGGACCAGUAACACAAAAGGGAGACAUAUAUAAUAAAAAUCCUUAUCAUAUAAUUGAUACUGAUAAAGAUUUAGCUGAUUUUGAUAUAUUGUCAUAA